GUCCCACACUUCAGGAACUGUCCGUCUAAAAUCAGCCCCAGGAAGCCAUCAACGGCCAGAUCUGCUGCAAAACGGGAAGAGGCUGAUUUGCAUUGCUGCUGCGUAAAGGACGUGUUCUGCAGAUGAGAUGCCGGGCAGCAGCAGAAGGAGCGCUGUGGCUCCACACUUCAGGAUCAGUGGAUCAGGACUCUCAGGUUGACAGCAGCAGCUCUACAGCCCGCAUGGAGACACCUCCUCCCCGGACACCAUGCACCUCUAAGAGCUCCAACAACACCGUCUUUUGUCUCGCCUGAGGGGGGGGGAGUCUGCAAGAUUACUUUGCUCGGACCAAGCGUCAAAGGAUUUUUUCCACCUCUCUUUUUUUCCCACCAGCCCGUUUCUCUGUUUAUCCUCUGCCUCCUUCCGUCUUGCAUUUUGGGACUUUUAUUUCUUCUCCUUUGGAAAAAAGGCGCUGCUGUUUCCCCGAGUCUACCUGCUCGCCCAGCACCCAUGAAUUCAGAUAAAAAUGUGUACCUCGGCAGAGACAAAGGCAUCAUGCGGAAGAGAGCCCUGCUCCUUCGGAAAGGUUGCAGCUUCGAGAUUACCAGCUCUGCCUCGGAGGACUUGGGCUGCAGGCGUGGAGACUUCAGCAGGAAACACUAUGGGUCUGUGGAGCUGCUAAUUUCCAGUGACGCAGAUGGGGCCAUUCAGAGGGCAGGACGCUUCAGGGUGGAGAAUGGCUCUUCAGAUGAGGCUUUGGACUACACGCCAGGAACCUGGAGGAGAACCGAUGUCCAUCUGGAGAAUCCAGAGUACCACACCAGAUGGUUCUUUAAAUAUUUCCUGGGAAAAGUCCACCAGAACUAUGUGGGUACAGACGCAGAGAAGAAUCCCUUCUACCUGUCGGUCGUUCUCUCGGAUCAGAACAACCAGCGGGUCCCUCAGUACCGAGCCAUCCUCUGGAGGAAGACGGGCACUCUGAAGAUCAGCCUCCCCUACAGCCCCACCAAAACACUAUCCGUCAAGUCCAUCCUAAGUGCAAUGAACUUGGACAGGUUUGAGAAAGGCCCGAGGGAGAUCCUCAACGCGGAGAUUCAGAAGGAUCUGCUAGUGUUGGAGGAACAGGAGGGCUCUGUCAACUUUAAAUUUGGAGUCCUGUUUGCCAAAGACGGCCAGCUCACAGAUGACGAGAUGUUCAGCAACGAGUCGGGGAGUGAGAGCUUCGACAAGUUUCUCAAUCUGCUCGGUGACUCCAUUACGCUGCAGGGCUGGGCAGGGUACAGGGGGGGGCUGGACACCAAGAAUGACACUACAGGAAUGAACUCCAUCUACACGGUUUAUCAGGGCCAUGAGCUCAUGUUCCACGUGUCCACCAUGUUACCCUACUCUAAAGAGAACAAACAGCAGGUGGAGAGAAAGAGACACAUUGGAAACGACAUUGUUACCAUAGUAUUCCAGGAAGGGGAUGACGCAUCGUCGUCCUUCAAACCGUCUAUGAUCCGAUCGCACUUCACCCAUAUUUUUGCAUUAGUUAGGUAUAAUAGCCAGAAUGACAGUUACAGGUUGAAGAUAUUCUCAGAGGAGAGCGUUCCACUGUUCGGACCACCUCUCCCAUCUCCACCUGUGUUUACUGAUCACCAAGAAUUCAGGGACUUUUUAUUAGUCAAACUAAUCAAUGGAGAGAAAGCCACACUGGAGACGCCAACGUUUGCCCAGAAGCGCCAGCGGACACUAGACAUGUUGAUCCGCUCGCUCUACCAAGACCUCAUGCCUGACCUGCACAAGAACAUGUUAAAUCGGCGGUCCUUCAGCGACGUGCUGCCUGAGUCUCCGAAGUCUGCACGCAAGAAGGAGGAGGCACGGCAGGCAGAGUUUGUCAGAAUAGGGCAGGCGCUGAAGCUGAAGACCAUUGUGAGAGGAGAUGCCCCGACAAGCCUUGUCACCACCGGCCUGUGCAGAAAAGAGCCAUGGGAGUCCCAGCUGUUCUGCAGCACCUUCCCGUACGAGAUCGUGUGUUCAGACUCCUGGGGUCAGUCUCUGCUGGCGGCCACCGACGCAGCGGGGGUCAUGCUGCUAGAUGGCCCUGAUCCAGCUUCCUCCAACGCUGAGAUGCAGUCCGUGCCCCCGGUGCAGGUGUUUGAUAAAACCAUGGUGGUGAAGCAGGUGCACGUCCUCGAGCCUCAGGACCUGCUGAUCACCAGGGCUGACAAAGGGAAGGACGCCCGGCUCUAUGUGUACAGACUGAGCUCGCUGAAGAAAGGCCUGGAGGAGAAGCAGCUCGUCAGGAGCAAGUGUGACAGCCGGGAGAACAAACUGGAGAAAACUAAAGGCUGUCAUCUGUACUCCAUCAACACGCACCACGGCUCGGAGCUGAGGAUAGUAGCAGCCAUCAGGAACAAACUCCUCCUCAUCACCAGGAAACAUCCCCGCUUCGAAGCCCCGGGAGCAGACUCACCGGUGGAGGAGUUUCAGUACAUACGGGAGAUCUGUCUGUGCGACCCUCCGGUGGUGAUGGCGCUGGUGGACGGGCCAACGGGGGAGAACGACAACAUGAUCUGCGUGGCUUAUAAACAUCAGUUUGACCUCAUCAACGAGAGCACGGGAGAUGCCUACCGGCUACACCAUGUAGACGCCAACAGGGUAAAUUUUGUAGCAGCCAUUGACGUGUAUGAAGACGGAGAGGCAGGCCUGCUGCUGUGUUACAACUACAUUUGCUCCUAUAAGAAAGUCUGUCCGUUUAACGGCUCCACACCAAUGAUCCAGUCCAACGCCUCUGAUUUCCACUUCAGCUGGAACCAGAUGCCCAACGCGAUCGUCUGUGCAUUUCCUUACAUCCUGGCCUUCACAACGGACUCCAUUGAGAUACGGCUGGUGGUGAAUGGAAACCUGGUUUACACUGCGGUCGUCCCUGAGCUGCAGCUGGCUUCUUCCCGGUCGGACAUCUAUUUUGUUUCGUCGGCUCCGGUGAGCUCAGCCUCAAACUGCAGUUCGAGAGACACCAGUUCUCAGAGUUCCCCACAAACGCCCACGGGCUACGAGAUGCCUGUGUUCCCUUCCCCUCUCGGCGAUGAUUCUAUUCGGAUCCCCUAUGGUACCAAGCUUUCCCUGUACAUGUCUAAGGAUGCCGAAGGUGAAUCAGCAUGUAAGCACAUGUUCAAGAUCCCUCUGUGUAACUUGGUGGGCCGAAGCAUUGAAAGGCCCCUGAAGUCCCCUCUGGUCAACAAGGUGCUGACGACUCCGGCCCCCACCAUGCUGCCCCCCACUGCCCUCAUCUCCGCCACACACUCCCUCUCCUUGUCUCGCAUGGAGAUCAAGGAGAUCGCCAGCCGCACACGGAAGGAGCUGCUCGGCUUGACAGAGGAACCAAGUGGGAAGUCCGACAGUGGGACGGUCAAACAGAGGAAGAUUGGCAAGAAGAACACCGAGGAAGAACCCAAAGCACGAGCACUGACGUCAACAAACAGUGACAGGUUAGCCUCAGAGUCUGGAGAGACGGAGCUGGACGUGCAGCUGCACUGUACGUCCGGUCCGGAGGUGGAGCCGGAGAAGGUGGUGCUGCUGGCGGAGAGCCCGCCGCUGGCCAGCGCCUUCGCCCUCUCCACAUCCUUCGAAGAGGAUGUCCUGGACCUAAAGUGAACACAAUCCCACCGUGCACUUCUCUGCCCAUCCACUCCCGUACUGUCACCUUUAUUUCACGUUUCGGUUGGUUUGCUUUUGUUGAAUUCUUUUUUUGUUGUUGUUUAUAUCCCUGUAUCUUGGGUAUCCCCAUUCAUCAGACAAGAUGGGUGCAGCGGGAGCGUGACGAUGUGUGCGUUUGUGUCCGCAAGAAGUCUCUCAGCCGCUGUGUGUUUCGGGUGUUUGUGUGCCCCCCCCACCCCCACAGCAAAUAACCCAAAGAGGCGCUGAGGCUGUGUGAGCUGCCGCGGUUUAUUCAGAGCUCUGCAACAGCCUUGAGGUAAUGUUAAAGGUUUGAUCACAACCCACAAACUGAAUGUAAAUCUGCGCACCGAGCACGACGUAAAUCUCACAGAGCCCUCUGAAGUUGCUAGAGCUUCAUAUGUGUUGUAUAUUAUGUGAUAUUUCCUUUAAAAAUGUUGUAUGAUAUGCAUAUGUAUGUGUACAUCUGUUUAUACAUGGAGUGCAUACACAGUGACGGGCAUGUAUGCCUGUCAUGCCUGUGAUGCAUAUUUAUAGAUAUAUUAUAGAAAAAAUCAUUUUAUUCCCAUAUUUAGUAAAAGUAGGAUGUUUUAUGCUCUCUGCACAUAUUAGUCCUUAUUCUUCUCCUUAUUCACAGUAAACAGGUAGACAGGGCUGGAGGCAAAGUCUCCCACAAGUGCCAUUUUCCAGCAUCCUCCACUGAAGUACACCUCUUAACAGCCACCAAAAUCUGGUGUCUGACAGUAGCAGCCAUGAUUGUAGUCCUAUAUGAUUACUAUGGUGUCCCACUUCUCCAUUCAGAUGAAAAUCACCUACAGGAGGCACUCUUUUAAAGCAACGCAGAGACGUCAUUUAUUCUGCAUGACCUGCCUUUGCUACAUGUAUUAAGACUCCUGCACCAAAAAAAAUCUUCUUUGGAAACCACAAGGUCUGUGAUAUCAUACCAAACAGAGCUGCAGAAAGCAAACCACAAGCUGAGAUGAGAGUGGAUGUUUUAUUGACUGUGUUGUCAACAAAAGAAUGUUAGACAAAACAACAAAUAUAAAAAUCUAAAGUUCAAACACAGUAUACAGUUGCAAACUGAAACAAUACAACCAGUAGAUUGUCUAUUUUGACUUAGUAAAUACACUUAAAUACAGUUUAGUUUAGUGUGGAAGAAAUAACCCUGUUAGAGAUUCUCCUCUCAACAUACAAGCCCUGGUGGUUUAUAUCUUACUGGUUCUUUAACUCGACAAGACAAACACAUAUAAAAACAUUAAUCUCAAACAGAGAAGAGAUCAUUUACCAUAUUUUAGGUAAUGGCUAACUUCGAACUGCAGUCACUAUAAGGCAGUGCACAGGGUUAAGUGAUGACAAUUACACACACAUUCUGACAUCAACUAUUCUUCAUACACUUAAAGAAGACCCUUUCCUGUAGUGGGUUAUAUAGGUUCCUGUGCAUUCUCUAGUGUAAAUAUGCUUUCACUUUGAACUUCAGAAAGUUACUUCAGUCUUGUUAGAACGCUGAAUCUAACAUAAUACAGGUCAAAAGUUCUAAGUAAUGGACACUACACAGUCAGUAAAACCAAAAGAGAAGUCUUUAAGCAUCCACUGGAAGGUGUGGCAUCAGACUGGGAGCAGUGGUUUGCUGAUGGGUAUGACGGCGCCUCUCUGUGGUGGUUUCUCACAGCAGCCUUCAGAUCUUGCAUGAGUCUCCUCUUCUUUCUCCUCACACCUCCUCUCCUUUUCUCCUGCUUGUCUCAGUGUGAAACCUGCAACACUAUAACACAACUCAGAAAAACUAAAAAGGGAAGAAGAAGGGGGGGAUUUUUUAAUAAAAAGGUACUUUAGUGUUUAUAACUCUGAAUGAGUGUGGGAUGCCUGGCAGUUUGUUUGUCACACUGCUUCUCCCACUUUACGAUGUUUCUCCUGUAUUUCUGUCGAGUACUCUUUGUUCCUACCUCCCCUUGGCAUUUUCACAGUUUUUUGUUUAGUUUUAUUUGUAUUUGAAUCUAUAUUUACUGUUUAGACUGUUGCUGAACCUCUCUGUGAUAUCAAAACGAAAGAAAAAAAUUAACAAAAAAAACACCAAGUGUCUUAAAAUAUUGUAUCGCCAUCGUUUUUAAUGCCAAGUACUACUUGUAAAUGUUUGUGUAUCAAAUGUGGCCUCAAAUGAAACUGAACUAUAUUAUUAAUAUUAUUAUUAUGAUAUUAUUUGAGCAAUUAUUUUAAACAAGUGCUGUAGACCACUGCUGUGAAAGUAGUCGAUUCUGUUCAUUGAUAUGUAAUAAAUAUUUAUGAAAUUUGA